AUGCACACCGCGACCACCGUCCUCGCCGCACUGCAGGCGGCUAGCACAGUGGCUCGCACCCGAGGCGUCGACGCUCUAGCCUUUCUCGGUCAGCUCGACAAGAUGACGCGUGCCGCAGGCGCACAAGCGCCCAGCGACUCGUACUGGGCCUCGCCUCACAGCGCCGAGAUCAUGACGGCCAUUCUGUGUGCGUGGAUACAGACGCACGCGCAUACGGCCAUGCUUGAAGAUCUGGUGCGCGAGCAGUCUACCUCGUCCCUGUCGCCCUCGCCCGUGGCCAGCCUCCGCGACCUCGCCCAGCACGUCCUCUCCAUCAUUGAAGAGAGCGGCAGCCGCCUCUCGCCACAGGAUCUCGCCCUCAACACGCUGGCCGCGGCCGGUGUGGCCGCCCUGUGUGGCCCGCUGCACUCCUUUGCGGCUGCGCCCGGCACUGCCGGUCGGGCCGCGACGGCGACAGAAGCCGAGGCACGGCACACAUGGUCAACGGCUCCGCCGCCGACCCUCACGCUCAAGGUCGGCGGAGCGAUGCCUACGGAAGCCAAGAUCUUCCAACGGCGGCUCAAAGAGCUGCAGCUGGGCGACGCAGAGGAGGAGGAGGUGCUAGAGCCGGUCCUCGAGAGCAAGAGCGAGAGCGUGCAGAUGCCAGCCGAGUGGGUUCUUCUCGAGGACCGCAUCAUCAUCGGCCACGAGGAACGAGCCACACUGGUGGCAGAGCUGCGUGCCGCAGCCGAGCAGGCGCAGGCGCCAGACGACGAGCCGGAAGGCGCGAUUGAGCUCUCCGCAUCGCCUGCGCCAGACGACGAGCCGGAAGGCGCGAUUGAGCUCUUCGCAUCGCCCGCCUCGCGCAUGCCUCUCUUCUUUCCGCAGGCGGCCGCCCGCCUCGCCACGCCGCUUGGGCUGGAGGGCCCAACCGGCUGGAAGAAGCGCUGGAGCGGCAUCUCGGACGACGCCGACUUGGCGCCGGACAGUCCGCACUUUCAGCGCCUGUGCGUCAGCUUGUUUGCCGACGUGAAGCCGCCGCCGCCCUUCGCCGUCGUCUGCGAGGCUCUCGAGAACACCGACGUCAGCCUGUGCGCCGCCAUCGCCGCGCUCAAGUCCUGCCCGGGCGUCAAGAGCAUCAGCAAGAAGACGUCCGAUGCGGCGAAGAGCGCCAAGCAGGUCAGGGACGCGAGCUACACGCAGUACGCGCUGGCGACGCGGGCAGAGGCAGGCGAGCCGUCGCGCGCCUCGGCGCCGCCCGAGGAGCCAUCGCCGUCCGGCGCUGGGGACCUCAUCGAAGCGCCGUCGAGGGCUGAGGACCUCUUCCAGAGCACGUGCCGCCUUGCGAGCGCAGACAUAGACGAUGCACUGCGCCGCACGGCCAUGCAGGAGGUCGCCAUCAGCGCCUGGCACCUGCAGUGUCGUUCUGCCGAGCCGACCUGGGAGCAAGCGCUACGCGCCUAUCGCCACGGCAACGUCGCCGCCGGCUGGCCGUGCGAGGACAAGGACGGCGACGACUGGAACGUCUACCUGGCGUCAAUCGCCGACUCGAAGGACCGCGGGCGCGCGCUCUGCGACCAUCUGGCGCCCUACGGGCGAGCGAACCUCGUGCAGGGCGUCGUGACUACGCUGCACGAGGAGUUGGCGGUGUUCCAGCCGCAGUUCCGGGCCGAGGUAGAGCGCUGCCAGCAGGAGAGCGCCCUGCACUGCAGCAAGCUGCACGACUACGCCGGCAAGCUCGACGUGCUAGCAGCUAUCCCGCCGAGCUUGCCGGCGUUCUUUGACCGCAAGCCCGGCUCCGACGAGCCCGAGUCUGCGGCCGCCGCUGCUGCUGCUGAGCAUGUCAAGCCGUCGCGCGAGCCGGCGCCCAACACUCCCGCCAAGCGCAAGCGCGGUGAACCAACGCCCGACACUCCUGCGACGAAGCGCUUGCGCCUACUCACCAGCCCGUCGGGUGCCGGCCCGUCGAGUGCCGGUCCGCCCACCUCGCCGUUGCUGCAGCGCCAGAGCACCAGGGGUGCGCUGGGCGCGCGCCACGAGCGCGACUGCACAUGCUUUGCCGCGUGGCAAAGCAGCGAUGACAAGGUGGCGGUCGCGCUCAUCGGCAGCAACGACCUAGAAGCCGCCGGUCGCAUUGAGCGUGGCCGCAGCGCCCAGGCGGGAAAGCCACCGUCAGACUGGCACCGGCCAUCAGGCGCGGUGAUCCACCACAUCGAGGACGUGCCGGGCGACGGAGCCUGUGGCUGGCACGCGCUCGCCAGCGGCACAGACAAGACGGGCAUGCAGCUACGUGCAGAACUGCAUGCCAGCUUACUGGCCAACCCCGGCCGCUAUCUCGCAGCAUUACAGCCGUCGACUGCCAUGGUCUGCCUUCGCACAGCGCUGUCAGCAACAUGUCCAGAUCAUCGACCUGGACCCCGGCCGUCGAGCUGGCUCGAUAUUGGCGCCAUGGGUCCAAUCAUCGCCGAGUUCUUGGGAGAUCCAGUGCUCUCGCUCCGGCCCCACGCUCGACUCACAGAUCAUCUCAUCGGCGAGCUCUAUUUCCCUCUGACGGAGAGCAACCACGGCGAGCCCAUCCUCCGCUCCAUCAUCUUUGUCAAUGGCAACCACUACCAGCGCGUCCAUCUGCGGCACGACGUGCGCUUCCACGAGCUGCCCUCUCCUCAAGACUGGUGGUGGCGAGCUGCGAGCGCGUCCGACACCCCUGCGUGGCACGACCUGCACCACCUGCCGGCGCCGCGGCGAACAGAUGCGGAGGAGAUUCUGCUGGAUGAGAGCGACCUGCUGGAUGAGAGCGAUCUGGCGAGAAUGGACAAGGACGACACAGAGGCGCAAGAAUGA